AUGGCUCCUUCAAAUGCUACAACGGCCAAGCCGCUCGCAGAGAGACAGAAUUCACGACCAAAUACCACAAAGCCAUCGACUCCAAAAGCAACGACCGUGAAUGGUGCAGGAAGAUCUCCAUCACUGCGAGGGGGAGUGACCCGCCCUGGACGAGCUACACCAAACAGAUCAGAUUCUCAACACCGAGCCGAUGAGCAAUUUGAAGAAGAGGCAAGAGCACAAAAUGCCGCACUCCUAGACGAACUUCGUGAAAGCACACGAAAAGCAGAGACUGCAUCUGAGGAGCUACAGCGGCAACUGAAUCUAUUGCAGGCAAGACUGGAAGAGUCACAGCAGUCUCAAAGCCGAUUAGAAGAUCACAUUCAUGAACAAGACAGCAAGAUUGAAGAUCUUGAAAUGGGCAAGUCCGAUGCGGCUCGUCAGAAGCGUGAUAUGCAAACUCUGUACGAAAGCGAACGGACUGCGUUAUUCAAAGAAAAGGAGGAACAGAAUCUUCGUGAGGAUGAAAUGCAAGGAACCAUCCAAAGAUUGAAAGAAAAUCUUGCACAGCGAGAAGCAAGAAAGGCGCAAGAAGGCAUCAAAGAUGUUGAUAAUGGUAAGUAUCCGUACGGCGUGGGUCUUGAUGUGACUGAUCAAGGCUUUCAUAAAGCGACUGAUCAAUUCGCGCCACCGAUUUCUCUUCAACGUAUUGGUACGGAUGACCAGUCGAGACUGGUAGCAACAAAGGACCGUGUCAUCGAAUCACUACGAUUAGAGCUUGCUGAGGCACAGAUCAAGAUAAUGGAAAUGGAUGGCAUGGGAGGUGGGCAGAUGCAUGAAGUAGAGAAAAAAUUGAUGGAGAUAAAGAUCGAGAAUGCUCGCUUGUUGGAAGAUAAUGAGAGCUUUCAAUUGCUACUUAGUGAAAAGACCCUUAAUGGAGAAUUCAGCAAAGCGGACGCAAUGCAGUCAACUUCCGGUCUGGGAUCAUUAGCAGAAGAGCUCGGAUCUGAAGACCUUGAAAACGCCGAAGAUAAAGGGGAACCAAGACGACGUCUAGAAUUGGAGAACAAAUCACUCAAAGAUCAGAACAGGGCUCUUGCAGUAUACAUCGAAAAAAUCAUUGGCAGACUACUUCAGCAUAAAGACUUUGACACAAUCUUCGACAAAAAUCCUGAAUUGUUAGCGGGUGCACCGCAUCCGCAGUCCAGCGGGGCAGCCGAUGUAGACAAGGACUUACCUCCUCCACCUCCACCCAAGGACAAUCCGCCAAAUGAGGGAGGUGCUGGCGGCUUCUUGCAGCGUGCCAGAUCCGUCGUAUCUGGCCCUGGUAAGCGCCCUCGACCAGUCAGUCAGAUGCCGCCUACCACAGAGUCGCCUCUCGCGCCAUCUGGACCAAAUGAGGACCCAUCGAAAGCACCCAGGAUACCCCUUGGUCGUUCUACAUCCACCCGUGCUGGCCAUGGACGGUCCCGAUCUGAUAUGCCUAAUGUUGCCCCUAUCGUCAAUCAAAUGUAUAGAGGACUCUCCCCUUCAAGGGUACCAGGACCUUUAGGCAGUCCUGGGCUUUCUCCUUCAUCGACAGCAGCUCGAACCUCGUUCUUCUCCCAGGCCGCUUCACUAUCAGGCUCGACGCAGCGUGCAGUUUCUUCGUCACGUACCUCUAAUCAGGAGAAGCCCACACAGGACAAGCCACCCGGGAGCAGUUCCAACAGCACCUUCAGUGAUCGUAGUGGAGGUGUUGAUGGCACACCUAAUAGUGCAGCAGCAAACAACUUCACGGGAGCAGUUAUGACGCAGAAUCGUCUACGACCAUUACGACUAGUACAAGAGAACAAGGAGAUGGAGGGUGGUGAUGAUACCAAAGCGCAGGAAGAAGCCACUGCUGCAAGGAAGAGAGCAAAUCGCACCAGCUGGAUGCCCAAUUGGAUGGCUCAGCGCAAUGUCAGUAAUGAACAAUCAUAG